AUGUGGAACAAGGUGAUGGUUGAAUACCACUUGGAACAACAUGAGUGGUUAGGUUAUGUGUACACGAUAAGGGACAAGUUGAUUCUGGCAUAUUUCAGAGAUGUGUUCCUUGGAGGAAUAAUGCGUACAACAUCAAGAUCCGAAAGUGAAAACAACUUUUUUUGCUCCUUUAUCAAUCCUCAUGUGUCACUUGUUGAGUUUUACUUGAGAUAUAAAGCUGCAAUUGAUGCCCAAAGACACACUCAAGGUCAGAAUGAUAAUGAUUCAAAGCACAAAUAUCCUGAGUGCAAAACAUCACCAUGGAUAGAAAAGCAUGCCUCACAUUUAUAUACUAACUCUGUCUUUUAUGAAUUUCAAUAUGAGCUGUUUUAUAGGCAAGGAAUUCCAUGUAGACAUAUGAUUUGGGUUUGGAAAGCAAAAAGGUUUGAAACCAUUCCUAAGAAGAAUAUGCUACACAGAUGGACUACUAGGGCACUGAAGAAACCAAUUUUUGACUUAGGAGGAAAUCUGUUGGAGCAAUGUGCUAAUAUAAUUGAUAAGAAAAAAUUGUUAAAUGAUUUAUGGUCAGAGAUACACACUUGUGUAAGUUUGGCAGAAGGCAAUGAUGAAGAUAUUUCAAGACCUUGUGAUAAAUCUUCAAGGAUUAAGAAAGGAUUUGGAAGCUAA